CUCGGGAUCCAUCCAUCCAUCCAUCCAUCCGUCUCCCGUCGACACCACCACACCACACCACACACGCACACCAACUCCUACUACUACCAGCAGAGGAGCACUGUGGUGCGGUGCGCGGGCCAAUGCAUGCCGAUGGAGCUGACCGGCUGACCUCACCCCGCACAGACCUGUGCCCCCCUUAUAAAUAGCCCCGCCCGCCGGCCUCAUCCUCCAUCGCCGCGUACCGCAGCCGUCUUGAGCUCAGGAGCCACCCACCAGCCGCAGCCUCACACGCACGGGCCUUCGUACGUGGUGAGCUGUGUGCUUGAGCCUCGUUCCAUCCAUCCAUCCAUCCAUCAACCAUCCGUUUGUGCGUGGGAGGAGAGGGCGAGCGAGCAGCCAUGGGGGUGGGGAAGAAGGUGCUGAACGACGUGAAGCCGUACAUGAUGAUGAUCCUGCUGCAGAUCGGGUACGCCGGGAUGUACAUCGUCUCCGUCGCCUCGCUCAAGCGCGGCAUGAGCCACUACGUCCUCGUCACCUACCGCAACCUCGUCGCCACGCUCGUCAUGCUCCCCUUCGCCCUCGUCUUCGAGAAGGGAGUAAGGCCCAAGAUGACACUCCGCAUCUUCAUCAAGAUCUUGGGGCUGGCGCUGCUCGAGCCUGUGCUUGACCAGAACCUGUACUACGUGGGCAACAAGCUGACCUCGGCCAGCUUCUCGUCGGCGCUGGUCAACAUCCUGCCGGCCGUCACCUUCAUCAUGGCCAUCGUGCUGCGGAUGGAGAAGCUCCGGCUCCGGAGCUCGCACAGCCAGGCCAAGGUCGCCGGCACCAUCUGCACGGUCAUCGGCGCGGUCCUGAUGAUCAUGUACCACGGCCCCGUGGUGCAGUUCCCGUGGGCCAGGGGCGCCCACCACGUCGACCAGGCCGCCUCGGCCGCCGCCGCCCAGAGCAGCGCCACCUGGCUCAAGGGCACCAUCGCCAUCAUCACCAGCUGCGUCGCCUGGGCCGGCUUCUUCGUCCUCCAGUCGAACACGCUCAACAGCUACCCGGCGGCGCUGACGCUGACGACGCUGAUCUGCGCGAUGGGCACCGGGAUCAACGGCUCCAUGGCGCUGGUGGCGGAGCGCCACGACAUGACCGCGUGGGUCGUCGGCUUCGACACCCGCCUCUUCACCGUCGUCUACUCGGGCGUGGUGUGCUCCGGCGUGGCGUUCUACGUGCAGGGCAUCGUGACGGAGACGCGCGGGCCGGUGUUCGUGACGGCCUUCCAGCCCCUCUGCAUGAUCAUCACCGCCGUCCUGGGCUCCGUCAUCCUCAAGGAAGAGACCACUCUCGGAAGUGUGAUUGGCGCGGCGAUCAUAGUGCUGGGCCUCUACUCCCUCAUCUGGGGCAAGAGCAACGACAUCAUCGACAAGCCCGCCUCCUCCGUCCCCGAGAAGCUGGCCCUGCCGCUCACCUCCGUCGCCGCCACCACCGCCGCCAACGGCAACGGCAACGGCAACGGCUCCAACGGGACCAACGGCGGCAGGCAUGUCGGCGGCGGCCAGGUCGCCCACGACGUCGAGACGCCGGCGGUCAAGGGCGCGAUCUGCCACUAGCGAUCGAGCUCCUACGUUCGUGCGUUCCCUCGGCCUCGUACGUACGUGUAUGGUCAGUCGUCAAUCUACGUGGGAUGCAGAAACGAAGUUGCAUGUGCCGAUCGAUGACGGUCUAGUGUUUCCCUUCUUUUUAAUUUCUCGCAUUUUGACUUUGAGCGACCACAUAAAUUUAUGAGCUCCGGCCUUGAGUAGCUGCUCCUACUACUGCUAUAUGUAACUUUGAUCAUCGGACCUGCUUAUGACGUGCAUGCAUGUGUAGCCCUGCUUCGCUCUGCUAUCGUAGAGAUGGACUCAAUCAAUAUUAACGACUACUUUUGAUUCA